AAAGCGACCACUGAAAGGAGAGAGGUUUUUAAGGAAGCGCGUUUGGACUUCUCCUUAAGCCAUGCGCACGCAAGGUUUUCUGCUCCAGAUGUGAAGUUCAAGGUAAUACCUCAAGGCGUGUCAGAGAUGGAAAACCAACAGGCGGCUUGCUUUUAACCUCGUCCGUGUUACCCAGGCUGUGAUGAAGGAGUGAAUGAUCUCCCGGGCUUGUGCACUCUGAGGCUGAAAGCGCGCACUGCAGUGGUGCCAUGACAGGGGCGGCUCUGGCGGGUCUCUCCGUGAUGCUCGGUGCGGGUUUCCUCGCCUGGGACUGGUCAAGCCAGAACCAGGUGGAGAAUGAUCCCGCGGCACCGAACCCCCGUAGACCACCGCACAUCAUCUUCAUCAUGACAGACGACCUGGGUUUCAACGACAUCGGCUACCACAACCCUGAUAUGCACACACCCACGCUGGAUAAACUGGCGGCUGACGGUGUGAAGCUGGAGAAUUACUACGUGCAACCGAUCUGUACACCUUCCCGUAGCCAGUUCCUAACCGGCAGGUAUCAGAUCCACACAGGUCUCCAGCAUUCGAUCAUCAGGUCCCGGCAGCCCAACUGUCUGCCUUUUGAUAUGGUCACCCUGCCGCAGCGCCUCCAGGAGGCCGGCUACUCCACACACAUGGUGGGUAAAUGGCACCUGGGCUUCUACAAGCGUGACUGUCUCCCCACUCGCCGUGGAUUUCAUACCUACUUUGGCUCUCUGACAGGCAGCGUGGACUACUACACAUACGACUCCUGUGAUGGUCCAGGGAGGUGUGGCUUUGAUCUCCAUGAAGGUGAAACAGUGGCAUGGAGAUAUCGGGGAAGAUAUUCGACACAUCUGUACACACGCAGAGUGCGGAAGAUUCUGGCUUCGCACAAUCCGUCAGGACAGCCUCUGUUUAUAUUCCUGUCCUUCCAGGCUGUACACACUCCCUUACAGUGUCCUAAGGAGUACAUCUAUCCAUAUCGUGACAUGGGGAAUGUUCAUCGGCGCAAAUAUGCAGGCAUGGUCUCCUCUGUGGAUGAGGCAGUACACAACAUAACAUACGCUCUCCGAAAAUAUGGUUAUUACCGCAAUAGUGUGAUUAUUUUUUCUACAGAUAACGGUGGCCAGCCUUUAUUUGGAGGAAGCAACUGGCCACUCAGAGGCAGGAAGGGGACAUAUUGGGAAGGUGGCAUGCGUGCAGUGGGAUUUGUCCACAGCCCACUCCUUAGGAGACGUAGGAAAGUCAGUAAGGCACUGGUUCACAUCACUGACUGGUACCCAACGCUGGUGCACCUAGCAGGGGGGAAUGUAUCCCAGCUGCAUGGGCUAGAUGGGUAUGACAUGUGGGAAACGAUCAGCGAGGGCAAGGAGUCCCCACGUUACGAGAUCCUCCACAACAUUGACCCCCUGUAUGUGCCUUCACGCCAUGGCUCAUUGCAGGGUGGAUAUGGCAUCUGGAACACUGCUGUACAAGCAGCAGUGCGAAUGGGAGACUGGAAGCUGCUGACAGGAGAGCCAGGUUACGGAGACUGGACACCACCGCAGGUGUUAGGAAACUUCCCGGGUGGCUGGUGGGAUCUUGAGCGUCACGCCGAAGCCCGCAAGUCACUAUGGCUGUUCAACAUCACAGCAGAUCCGUACGAGCGCUAUGACAUGGCUGAAAAGAGGCCUGACGUAGUAAAGCAGUUGCUGGCCAGAAUAGCGUUUUAUAAUCGCACAGCUGUGCCUGUGCGUUACCCUGCUGAGGAUCCAAGGGCAGAUCCCAGUCUGAAUGGAGGGGCGUGGAGGCCUUGGGCUGGGGAUAAAGAAGCAGACAGCUGGCAAGUUUAUCACAGGAGGAGGAAUGACAAGAAUAAGAAGCUGAGCAAAAUGAGGUCAUUUUUCAAGAAACUCAACACAAAGAUUAUGUCCAAUAGGAUAUGAGUGGUAUAUUUAUGAUUACUGUGAUUUCCUUCCUAACCUUCUGAAAACCUCUUGAAAAAUUCACAUGAAAGUCUUAUGUUUGAUCAUUCUUUACAAGUUUCCGAUGGCCUAAUCUUUUGGCUGUUUGACUGUAUUUUAUUACGUACUCUACCUCUGUCUUUUUUUCGUACUUGUGUACUUUGUAAGGUCUUCAGCUGUCCCUUUAUGGGGAAACCCUUAUACAUUCUGUGUAAAACACUAAAACACUGCUUUCCUAGAAGAAAUGGUUUGAAGCAGAUUCGGUUAAGAAGGCGAAGACCCCUUAAUUGUCCUAUAAACCCUUAUAAGACCCUUGAGGAACACUUUUACUGUACUGUAUUCCGAAUUCCUAGUACAACCUAAAAGAAGGACUGAGGAAUUACCGACUGAUUAAUGAACUGAAUGCGUUUUUGUUGUGUUGUACUCUAGACAAUCAUACACUGUGGAUUUAACACACACACACACACACACACCACAUUGUUUACCUGAACCAGCUGCUUUCUUGUUUAUGAGUUCCAUUUUAAUUGGAACGUUUCCUAAUCUUAGAAUAAUCAACGACUCAACAUACAUCAUAGUAUUUGGCAUUGUCUGUGUUGUGAGUGUUCUGCAUGCAUUGAUGGGAGAAUUGUUUGUAAUGACACUGCCUGUGCUUUCACAUACACGGCAUGGGGACUUGAAUUAAUCUCCUCAAAGAGACUGCCCUCUAGUGGUCACAUAGUGUUAUUGACAAACGUGAAUCUGUAGAAAUUAAUGAGUAUUUAAUAUUUUAAAAAGAUUUUGUGGAAGUCUGUAACAUAAUAAAAUAAAUACGAACUAAAUAAGUUUUAAAACUUAA